UCUCCUUCUUCUUCCUUUCUUUCAGUCUGCUUCAUUUUCAUGGCGGUGAACAUGGAAGAAAGAAGACAGAUAUUGACAUCAAGUGAAUGGCCAAGCAGAGGAACCAGUCUUUAUCGUCCUGAACAAUCCCAAACCAAAAACAUGACAGAAUUGAAUACAGAGCCUACAGAAAUCAUCCCUGUAAUAUACUACCUCACUCGCCAUGGUCAACUCCAGCAUCCUCAUUUGCUCCAAGUUCCUCUUUCUUCUUCCCACGGACUCUUUCUCAGAGAUGUGAUCAAAAGACUGGAUAUACUCCGAGGAGAAGGCCUUUCCAGACUGUAUUCGUGGUCUUCGAAGCGGCGGUAUAAAAACGGAUACGUAUGGCAAGACCUAUCAGACGACGAUUUGAUACAUCCAUCACAAGGCCAAGAGUACAUUCUUAAAGGAUCGGAAGUGCAAUUGCUGGAGGCGUCUUCGAGUUUCCGAUCUUGUGAAUCAUCAUCGUCAUUUUCGGAGUCGAAAUUUUCUUCAGAGACGAACAAUUCGAGCACGGAUUCGAGCGUUUCCGUCGCGGUAAACAGGAACAAUCGGUCGUGGAAUUCGCUGGAAGAUAUUUGCCGGAACGUAGUGUACAAAGCCAGAAUCUCCGGCGAAGGCGGGACGAACGCGGCGACGCAGACCGGUGAGAGGCGACGGAGAUGGAUGGACGGCGAUGCUGCGGAGGAAUGCGGCGGAGAGGGAUUUUCAAAUUCUGAAGUUCGAAGAAGGGAGAGCUUGACGUCUGUUGAUUGUGAUGGAGCGGCGGAUUUGAGGGAUCGGACGGCUGGGAAGAGUAAUAGGUGGAAGGCAUCAACGGUUCUGAUGCAGUUGAUCAAGUGUAACAUUCAAAAUUAAAUGGGUUUAUUUCUUUUUUUUAAGAUUUCAAUAUAUUUUCUCAAGCAAAGUAUAACCA